UUCCCUUCCUCGCCGCUCUCGCUUGCCCGCGCACCGAGAUUUCCUGCCUGCUCGUGCUCGCUCCGCUGCUCUCCUCGACUCCUCCUGCGUGCCUGCCGACCGGUCCGAGGCACGCCGCGGCGGAGGCUCUGCGUCUGCCGGCCGGGUCGUCGGAUUCGUCCUUAGGUUGGUUGGUUGGUUGGGUCGCGGGCAUGUCCACGGCGGUGGCGCGGCCGGCGCACGGCGGAUUCCGGCGGUCGGGGAGCGGCAAGCCGGAUCCGGACGAGGCGGACAGGAUGAUGCGGAGCGCCAACGGGUACUUGGUCCAAGAAGAGGAGGAGGAAGAGCAUGGCGAUGAGGCGGCGGCGAGGAGAGAGGAUGAGGACGAGGAAGACGAGGAGGCGGAGGCGGUGUCGGAGGCCUCGUCGAUCGGGGCGGCGUCGUCCGACAGCUCCUCCUCCAUCGGGGAGAACUCCGCGUCCGACAAGGAGGAAGAGGAGGAGGAGGAUGAGGUUGAGAGUAAGGCGCAGGGGCUUGGCAUGAUGGGGCUGGCCACGCUCGAAUCCUUGGAUGAUGCCCUGCCCUCCAAGCGGGGCCUGUCCAGCUUCUACGCGGGCAAGUCCAAGUCGUUCACGAGCCUGGCGGAGGCCGCGGCGGCGGCGGCCGCCAGGGAGAUCGCCAAGCCGGAGAACCCGUUCAACAAGCGGCGGCGCGUGCUGCAGGCGUGGUCGCGGCGGCGGGCGUCGUGCAGCGCGCUGGCCGCCGCGUACCUGCCGCCGCUGCUGGCCCCGGACCACGCCGUGGUGGAGGAGGACGACGAGGAGGGCGCGGACGACGAGGAGGAGGACGAGGAGGAUGAGGAGCAUGGUGACGGCGGCGGGCUCAGGGGCAGGAGGAGGCCGCCCACGUUCCCGUCCCCGCGGCUGAGCGUGCACGUCGCCGCCGCCGGCCAGAUGGCGCGGAACGGGUCGUUUCGGUCCCCGAGGUCCUUCUCCAUGACGGAUCUCCACAGCGCCGCCGGCUACGAGUAGCCCCGGCGGGCGGGCGGACAGGAUUAGAGAGAGUGCUGAUGUGUUGUUCUAGGUGCUUGUUUUACUGGUGAUGUCGCCACUGGUGCUGCCAUUAAUUACUGCUAUAUGAUCAUCAUUAUGAAUCAA